UUGGUAGAUGAGGGGAAGGGAACGUUAAUUGAUUUAUGUCUAAUAGGGGUUUGGUGGUGGAGGAGAGGAGUAGAUAUAGGUUUGAGGUGGAGACUGUAGUGGUGGUGGUGGGGAAAUAUAGUGGUAAGGAGGUGGAGGGGAUGGUGAUGGUGGAGGAGGGGACUUGUAGUAGUAUGGAGGCGGGGGAGAUGGUGACGGUGGAGGAGGUGAAUUGUAGUAAUAGGGUGGUGGAGGGGAUGGUGAUGGUGGUGGUGGGGAGUUGUAAUGGUAUGGGGGUGGAGGGGAAGGCGAUGGGGGAGGAGGUGAUUGGUAAUGGUAUGGAGGUGGAGGGGAUGGUGAGGGUGGUGGAGGUGAUUGGUAGUAGUAUGGUGGUGGAGGAGAAUUGUAGUGGUAUGGAGGUGGAGGGGGUGGUGAUGGUGGAGGAGGCGAAUUGUAAUGGUAUGGUGGUGGCGGAGAAGGUGAUGGGGGUGGAGGUGACUUGUAGUAGUAUGGUGGAGGAGGUGACGAUGCUGGUGGUGGUGGAGAGUUGUAGUGGUAAGGAGGUGGCGGAGGUGGUGAUGGCGGAGGAGGUGACUUGUAGUAGUAUGGUGGAGGAGGGGAUUGUGAUGGUGGUGGGGGAGAGUUGUAGUGGUAAGGAGGAGGAGGAGAUGGUAACGGCGGAGGAGGUGACUUGUAGUAGUAUGGUGGAGGAGGAGAUGAUAAUGGUGGUGGGGGAGAGUUGUAGUGGUACGGAGGCGGUGGCGAUGGUGAUGGCGGAGGAGGUGAAUUGUAGUGGUAUGGUGGUGGAGGAGAUGGUGAUGGUGGUGGUGGUGGGGGAGAGUUGUAGUGGUAUGGAGGAGGUGGAGAUGGUGAUGGCGGAGGAGGUGAAUUGUAGUAGUAUGGUGGCGGAGGAGACGGUGAUGGUGGUGGGGGAGAGUUGUAUCGGUAAGGAGGUGGUGGAGAUGGUGAUGGUGGAGGUGGAGACUUAUAGUAGUAUGGUGGGGGAGGAGAUGGUGAUGGCGGUGGGGGAGAUUUGUAGUGGUAAGGAGGUGGUGGAGAUGGUGAUGGUGGAGGAGGUGAGUUGUAAUAGUAUGGUGGCGGAGGAGAUUGUGUUGGCGGUGGGGGAGAGCUGUAGUGAUACGGAGGCGGUGGAGAUGGCGAUGGCGGAGGAGGUGAAUUGUAGUGGUAUGGUGGUGGAGGAGACGGUGAUUGUGGUGGGGGAGAGUUGUAGUGGUAAGGAGGCGGUGGGGAUGGUGAUGGUGGAGGAGGUGACUUGUAGUAGUAUGGUGGAGGAGGAGAUGGUGAUGGAGGUGGGGGAGAGUUAUAGUGGUAAGGAGGCGGUGGAGAUGACGAUGGUGGAGGUGGUGACUUGUAGUAGUAUGGUAGAGGAGGAGACUGGCGGUGGAGAUGGUGAUGGCGGAGGAGGUGACUUGUAG